AUGAGCGCGGCCGCGUCGGGGGGGCCCCAUCGGGCCCUUGGCACGGCCCCAGCCCCGGCGCAGCGCGGCAGGGCGAGGAAGCCGGUGGCCGUCACCUACGAGGCCGAGGCCCACGGGCCGGCGUGGGAGCCGCAGGACUGGAGGCAGCAGCUGGCGCACAUCCGGGCCAUGCGCCACGCCAGGGACGCGCCCGUGGACCGGCUGGGGGCCGACCAGUGCUUUGACCGCGGCGCCCCCCCGGAGGUGAGGCGCUACCAGGUUCUGCUGUCACUGAUGCUCUCCAGUCAGACCAAGGACGAGGUGACCUCGGCGGCCAUGCUGCGCCUGAGGGAGCACGGCCUCACGGUGGACAACAUUUUGCAGACGGAUGACGCGGCUCUUGGGCGGCUCAUUUACCCCGUGGGCUUCUGGAGGAACAAGGUGAAGUACAUCAAGCAGACGACCGCGAUCCUGAAGGAGCAGUACGGGAGCGAUAUCCCCAGGACAGUCAAGGAGCUGGUGAAGCUGCCAGGUGUGGGGCCCAAGAUGGCCCACUUGGCCAUGAACAUCGCCUGGAACGACAUAUCUGGGAUAGGUGUGGACACCCACGUGCACCGGAUUGCCAACCGGCUGAAGUGGGUGAAGAAGGAAACCAGAACCCCUGAGGCGACCCGUGUGGCACUGGAGGACUGGCUGCCCAGGGACCUCUGGAGCGAAAUCAACUGGCUUCUGGUGGGCUUUGGCCAGCAGACCUGCCUGCCUGUGGGCCCGCGCUGCGCAGACUGCCUCAACCAGGCCCUUUGCCCUGCGGCUAAGAGGUGCUGAGGGCAUGGCCCAGAACCACAGAGCUGCUCCAGGCCUGUCCGGCAACUGCAGUCCGAGCCCAGGGGGAACAUAACGGGUGUUACAAGGGCUCUGCUGAGACACUUGGAAGCAUCGCCCUUGGCUUCUGCUUCCUCCUCGUAAAAGGGAACCAGGCCUCUGAGUCAGCGCUGCAAGC